AUGAGGAUAGUUUCUGAGUAUGACAUAAAGCUGUCGAGAGAAUCCGAGCCUGUGGCUCUGUAUAGACUCCCAAGUUCCGAGGGGAACCUUCGAAUUGGGACUGUACGUUAUAAACAUCAGUUCAAAUAUUUGGAGAUAGAGAUGAAGUUGCCAAAGAUGAGGCAGAGAUCCCAGAAGAUGGAAGGCAAAAAGCCCAGUGUCAUUACUUAUGAGAGUCAUGGAUUGGGCUUGCCAAAUGGGCAAUGGUAUGGGAAGAUAGACCACACCAAGAAGGUUAUUGUUUUAAGACAAAUUGAGUGUGCCUAUCUAUUCAAUCCGAAGUUUGGAGGUCUUGGGGGAGAGGGAGGUGAUAAGGAGGUUGAUGGAUACCAGUUCAGAAAGGCAGAGACACGUGAAGAAAAGGAGCAUAGAACAAAAAACAUCAACUUUCAAAUCAAAAAGAUGAAUCUUGAGGGAUUUACUACGAUGGAAUAUAAGAGAAAAGAGAUGUCUCAGGACUUCAAUGAUGUACCAAAGAUUGCAGUGGCAGAGGAUGAUACAAAGUAUGUCAUUCAGGUAAGAAACUCUAUAAUCAAUGCUAAGGUUGUUAACUUUUCUGAACUUAUUUUGCUUUACAGAGACCAGAACGUAGUCAAAACUGCGUUGUCAAGAUACACAAGUUUUGUUCAGGGAAGGUAUAUCCUUUCGAAUGUAUUCUAUGAGAAGAGCCUACAUGGCAUUAGAGAUAAAAUAUUGGAGCUGUUCAAAGAGAGAGAAAAGGUUCCGUGCAAGGAUAUAUAUGCAUUGGUAGGGGAUGAGGAGUUCCUUAUUGAGGAAAUCUGCAGAAAAGAUGGGAAGUACUUCCAGCUGAAAGGGUUCAAUGAGCGUACCAACAGGUGUGAUAAUGAUGGAAUAGAGCAGGAAAUAGCUUUUCUUGUUGAAAAGUACCAGCCUUGCAGCAUAGAAACGAUCCAGAAGGAGAUGGGAAUGGACCUAGGGAUUAUAAGGCAAAAUUUGCCUGGAGAUGUGGCUGUUUUAGCCAAUGGGAUGCUUGCUAUUUGUAAAGGUGAUGAAAAAAGAAAGAAGAUAGUGGAAAUUCUAGUGACGAAGAAGAGCUGGAAAAAGACUGAGAUGCUAAGGAUUGCACAAAACGAGCCGGGAAAGAUCGAAGACUUCUUUGAUGUUCUUUGUGAGUACUGUGAGUUGAAAGGAAAUGUGUGGGUGAUCAAAGAACGAUGUAUUUGA